GACAAAUUAGAAAGAAAAAAAAGAGAGAAGAAAACAGGGUCGAGAGCACGAGCAACUCUGAAGGAGUGCGAAGUGCGAACGACUGACAUACGGCGAGUGAUGGGGGUAUGCUAUCUCUGUUGAAAACAACCUGAUGCUUCGCCACAGCAAGAUGAUGCUUCUGUCCUCGUUACUCAGAAGAAUCCCAAGGCAAAUGGGUUCUCUACGAGCUAUGUGCUCACGCCAAGAGGACCCAGAAAUGAAAGACUUACUGGAUUACAUUGACUCCCUCAAAAAUUAUGAGAAGUCCGGUGUCCCUACUGGGGCAGGCACCGAUUCCGAUGAUGGAUUCGAUCUUCGUAGAAUGACACGCCUUAUGGACCAUUUUGGCAAUCCUCACUCCAAAUUCAAGGCAGUUCAUAUUGCUGGGACCAAGGGGAAAGGGUCAACAGCUGCUUUUAUAUCAAAUAUUUUGAGGACUGAAGGUUAUUCUGUUGGUUGUUAUACUAGUCCGCAUAUCCAGACUAUCAGGGAACGCAUUUUGCUAGGAAGAUCUGGCGAUCCUGUCUCCGCAAAAUUAUUGAAUGGACUAUUUCAUAGGAUAAAGCAGGAUCUUGACCAAGCAAUUAAAAAGGAAAAUGGUUGCAUAAGCCAUUUUGAGGUUUUCACUGCUAUGGCAUUCAUCCUAUUUGCUGAGGAGAACGUUGACAUUGCGGUUAUUGAGGCUGGGUUAGGAGGAGCACGGGAUGCAACAAAUAUUAUAUCAAGCUCUGGACUUGCCGCAGCUGUCAUAACCACUGUAGGUGAGGAACAUUUGGCAGCUCUUGGGGGUUCUUUGGAAACUAUUGCAAUGGCAAAAGCAGGAAUCAUAAAACAAGGCUGCCCGUUGGUGUUGGGUGGACCAUUUCUCCCUCAUAUUGAGCGCAUUAUUCAGGAUAAAGCAAUAACCUUGGAUUCACCUGUAGUGUCAGCAUGUGAUACUGGGAAUAGGUGUCAUAUAAAAAGUUUCAGCAUACACAAUGGCAGGCCUUGUCAAAUUUGUGAUAUAGAGAUACAAAUUAUGAAAAACUUGAAACUGUCUAGUAAGUUACUUGAUGUGAAGCUACAAAUGCCUGGAGAUCACCAGCUUCAAAAUGCUGCAACUGCUACAUGUGUGGCACUCUGUCUUCGCAACUUAGGAUGGAGAAUUUCUGAUGAAUCUAUUAGGUCUGGUUUAGAGCAUACAUAUCUCGUUGGAAGGAGUCAAUUCCUAACCUCUGAAGAAGCUGAGGUAUUAGGACUUGCCGGAAUAACAGUACUUCUUGAUGGAGCUCACACCAAAGAAUCAGCCAAAGCACUGAUAAAUACAAUAAGGAUGGCAUUUCCCAAGGCUCGGUUUGCUUUUGUUGUUGCAAUGGCAAAUGACAAAGACCAUGUCGGUUUUGCUAGAGAGGUUCUCUCAGGUGUUCAUGCGGAGACUGUUCUUUUAACCGAAGCUAAUAUUGCUGGAGAUGUAACUAGAACAACUCCAGCUUCUUCGUUGAGAGAUUCCUGGAUUAAAGCUUCUGAAGAGCUAGGCAUUGGGAUUUGUCACGAAGGAUUGGAAGAGUACAGUGAAUUAUUAAAGGAAAAGGAACAGUCAGUAAGCUCUGAAAGCAAUUUAGGUGAUGAUGGUAAGACCAUGUUGGUUACCGAGUCGUCUUUAAAGGGUUGUUUGAGAACUGCAAAUAAGAUUCUAACCAGAAGAGGGGAUGAAAAGGGUGUUGUUGUCAUUACCGGAUCUCUGCAUAUUGUGUCGUCGGUCUUAGCUUCUAUCACUGGUUAAUGGCUUUUCAUAGUGAAGCUACUGAAACGGGAUUUCCUGGCAAUAAUAAACCAAGUGGAAUCUGGAUGGGUUUACAUCAACAUUUACACAGCAUUGUUUCUAUGCUCUACUGAAUAAACUAUAAUCUCAAUGCUGGAAUUUUGGAUGUACAUUCAACCGCAAGAUAUAAGCGGUGCAAAUGAGCUACUCCUUCCGUUCUUAAAUAACUGACACUAUUUUUAACUGAAUUUUAUUCCUAAUUAUCUGCCACUUUACAAAAUUCAA